AUGGCCUAUACCAUCUCAGUGUUGGCAACAUUACCGCUUAUCGUGGCCGUGGUUCUCUACCAACUCGAUACCUUCGCUCCGGCUCAAUAUCCCGAUCACGAGUUGACUCCAAGGCAGCCCCUAUUUGUGCCUAAACGAAACAGUCACAUGCUUCAUGGCUUGGAAAAAAUCGGGGCUGCAGAGUCGAAGGUGGAGAGAUGGGUCAAUACCGGCGGCCGACCACUUGGACUUGUUCAUGGACAUCAUGGUGAAGUCAUCAUAGCAGAUGCUGUUAAGGUGAAGGAGCUGGUUGUCAAAGGAGAAAAAACUGCAAGAGAAGCUAAUGUUCAAAUGGUAAUAGAUUGUUAUGAGAAGAAAUUUGGAAGACGAGAAACUAAGAAUCAUGUUACUUCAGUGUAG